UCGUCGCGUGGUUGCCGGCGUGGGGCGUGCCGGCGACGUACGGCGUCGCGGCGACGUACGUGUUGGCGGACACGGUUGACAAGGGGCUGAAGCGUUGGAAGCAGGCGGAGGGCGACGACGAUCGAUUGAACCAAGCCGUCGGGGUCGCCACGGAAACGGUGACGUGGCAGAUGCUCGCGAGCGUGUUCUGGCCGGGGUCGUUCAUUCGCGUCGUCGUGGCGUCGACGAACUUGGCGUUGGCGAAGGCUGAUACGUCGGCGUUCGAGGCGCUCGCGGCGCAAGGGAUCGACGUCGAGAAGAUCUUGCCGACUCUCUUCGGUCUCGCCGCGAUUCCGUUCAUCGUGAAGCCGAUCGAUACCACCGUAGACGCGGCGGGUGAGGUGUCGUUCGGUAAGGCGAUCCAAGGCAAGAUGGAAGGCGCUUCCGACUGGGCCGUCGGCGCCGCCGUCAUGGCCGCGUGCUUGGCCGUGCCCCCGACGCUCUUCAGCCUCGCGGGCUUCAUCAACGACGCCGCGGGCGUCGUUCCGUUGGAGUAG